AUGAUUGACAGCCAGGACUCCCCGGCGGCUGCCCUCAGUGCCGUUCCCACCGCCUGCGUCUCCAAAGUGGAGCUGCGCGUGUCCUGCAAGGCCCUGCUGGACCGGGACACGCUCAACAAGUCCGACCCCUGCGCCAUCCUCAUGGUGCAGGCGCAGGGGCAGUGGACUGAGCUUGACAGGACCGAGGUAAUCAAGAGCAACCUGCACCCGGUGUUUGCCAAGGUCUUCAGCCUGGACUACUACUUCGAGGAGGUGCAGAAGCUGCGCUUCGAGGUGUACGACAUCCACGGGGCGCACAGCAUCGGCACGCGAGACGAUGACUUCCUGGGGGGCGUGGAGUGCACUCUGGGCCAGAUUGUAGCCCAGAAGAAGAUGGUGAAGCCACUCUUCUUGAAGUAUGGAAAAUAUGCGGGCAAAUCCACAAUAACGGUUCAUGCUGAGGAAAUAUCGGGGAACAACGGCUAUGUUGAGCUUUCCUUCUGUGCCAAAAAGCUGGAUGAUAAGGACCUCUUCAGUAAAUCGGACCCUUUUCUGGAGAUCUACAGGAUCAACGAUGACCGGUCCGAGCAGCUCGUUCACAGGACUGAGGUGGUUAAGAAUAACCUGAACCCCGUGUGGGAGUCCUUUAAAGUAUCCCUCAGCUCCCUGUGCAGCUGUGACGAGGACAGACAGCUGAAGUGCCUGGUCUGGGAUUACGACUCCAGGGGUAAACACGACUUCAUCGGGGAGUUUUAUGCCACCUUCAGAGAAAUGCAAAGAAUCGGAACAGGAAGCAAGGUCUCGUGGGAUUGUGUGAAUCCGAAGUACAAGCUGAAGAAGAGGAACUACAAAAAUUCGGGCGUGGUGAUUCUCAGUGAUCUCAAGCUCCAUCGGGUCUACUCCUUCCUGGACUACAUAAUGGGAGGAUGCCAGAUUCACUUUACAGUGGCCAUUGAUUUCACAGCAUCCAAUGGGGACCCUCGAAACAGCUGCUCCCUGCACUACAUCAACCCCUACCAGGCCAAUGAGUACCUGAAGGCCUUGGUAGCAGUUGGGGAGAUAUGUCAAGAUUACGACAGUGACAAAAGGUUCUCUGCACUUGGAUUUGGAGCAAGAAUUCCACCCAAUUAUGAGGUCUCCCAUGACUUUGCCAUCAAUUUCAACCCAGAUGAUGAUGAAUGUGAAGAAAUCCAGGGCGUGGUAGAAGCAUACCAGAACUGCCUCCCUAAGAUCCAGCUGUACGGCCCCACCAACGUGGCACCCAUCAUCAGCAGGCUGGCCAAGCUGGCUGCAGGGGACGGCACCAUCAAAGACGCCUCACGCUACCACAUCCUGCUGAUCCUGACGGACGGCGUGGUGACGGACAUGGCGGACACGCGCGAGGCCAUCGUGCGCGGCUCCUACCAGCCGCUGUCCAUCAUCAUCGUGGGCGUGGGCAACGCCGACUUCACCGACAUGCAGAUCCUGGACGGGGACGACGGGGUGCUGCGCUCCCCGAAGGGGGAGCCGGUUCUGAGGGACAUCGUGCAGUUCGUUCCCUUCAGAGACUUCAAAACGGCCUCUCCUGCUGCUCUGGCCAAGUGUGUCCUCGCUGAAGUGCCCAAGCAGGUGGUGGAGUAUUACAGCCAUAAGGCUAUCGCCCCCAAAUGCCCCGUCGUCGAUUCACCCACCUCCCCCGCCAACACCCCAGAGUAGAGGAGAUGUACGACUACAAACGGCCUGGCCUGGCUGGUCUCAGCUGUUCGGUGGGUCAAAGAUUUGGGUUUCAAGGACAAUUCAAGAGAAGAGAUUUAAAGUUUACAUUCCAAAGUGAAGCAUUGA